AUGCGCUUCUCGACAGCCUCGACGCUGAUUGCCCUCGCGGGUGCAGUACAUACCUCUGCGUCAUGGAGCUUCUCGGACGGAACGGUCACCUUGACUUCCAAAAAGGCUGACGACGUGACUGAGACGUUUUCCGAUACCGAGCAAGUACGUGACCCAUUGAGACUGGGCGACCGCGAUAUCCUCAAGGUAUCCUUGACGACGAAAGUCGGCACCACGGCCAAGCGGCCUCACCAAGCAUUCCUCAUCCUCAAAGAGUCUUCUGGCCUCGAGGCACCUUUCCCGUUCACCAUGAAGGAGUCGGGGGAAGGCAAAGUCCAGUUUGGCCAAAAGGACCUCCCUGUCCAGUUUGUCGUGUCGAAUUCAACCCUGAAGGCUUCCAUCGUCCUCGGCUCCUCCGGGUCGGACCAAGGAUCCUUGACCACGGUUUUCGAAGUGUCCCUGGCACGCGACCCCGCUGCCAUGUCGCCUACGUACGAAGCACCAUUGCGAUACGGCCGGCUCCCCGAAAUACAUCACAUCUUCCGGGAAGACCCAAAGAACCCACCGAAGAUUGUUUCGUUGGUCUUCUCGGUCGCAGUACUCGCCACCGUUCCAGCCCUCCUCGUUGGCUGGUUCCAUCUCGGCGCAAACGUGAAUCACCUCCAAAACGCCCUUAAUGGCGCUCCAGUCUCUCACAUCCUUUUCUUCGCCUCCAUCCUAGCCAUGGAAGGCGUCUUCACCAUGUACUACUGCCAUUGGAAGCUUUUCCAAACUCUACCCGCCAUCGUCCUUGUCACCGCUGUCGCCUUGGAAAGCGGGAAAAGGGCUCUUGGUGAGGUGCAGCGUCGACGACUGGCAGGCAAGAGAUGA